AUGUUAUGGGCUUCAUGGACGACCGCUGGCCCGUUUCUGCUUCUGGUGUGUGCCAUCAUUGCAUGGUGGCUCACUGAGCCCAAAACCCACCAGCUCAACGCCAUCGUCUUUAUCGGCUGCGUUUUCUUCUGUUGGGCUGUCAACCCUAGCCUCGCCCGCGAUUCUUUCUACCGUUUCGUCCAGAUCUCAUCGAGUACUGUCGUCCUGCUGAAUUCCGAUACGUACAUUGGCACAAAUUCAACAAUGAUCUUUGCGGGCGCUGCUGUAUUAUGGCUACUUCGCAGGGCGGCACAGACACUCUGGAAGCCCGUCCCAGAACUUAUUGGGGUUCUUGGUCUGGAAGUUCCUGACAGCCCCGACGUUUCUCUGACUGGGAUCGCAGCGGACAAGGCUACUUUAACGUGGACCCGUGCGCAGCCCAGUCGCCCCGUGCAAAAGUUUCUGAUACAGGUCAAUGGCGUGAACGUCGGCGAGAUCGCAAGCAACCAGGAUAACUUCAUCAUAGUUUCAGGUCUGAAGCCAGACCACUUUUACAAUGUGCGCGUGAUAGCCGUUGGGAUCAGCAACUUCCAGGCCGGCAGUCGCGUCAUCCGACUGCGGACAUUCUCUCGCGAUGGACGACCACAGCUAGGAAACUCUCGUUUACCGUCGAAUUUCACAUCGGAUGAGCAGGGACUCUCGUCCCAGGUUGAAACAGUGGAUGAGAAUGGAGCGCCGCGCAGCCCCGUUCCUACUGUCGAGACCGCGGUGAUUUCCGAAUCCAUACCUCCUAUUGUGCCACGAGACGCAAGUGCACCGACUGCAACUGUUCUCCGGAGGAACACUAUAGGCAGGCGGCAUUCUCCUUCAACCACCAGUCUGGAUCAGCCGACCAUCCCACCCCAGAGAAGUGAUCCCACGGAACCCACUGAUGCGCAGAUGGAUAGCCUAGGGGAGAAGUAUAAGGCUUUGCUUCGAGAGACGGAGGAGCUGGCGGACUUAAUAGCUAAGGAAGAAGAGGAUCACAAGCGGCUGAUGAAUGAGUUGGAAGCUGAAAAGCAGGAGAAGAAGAAGGAACAGAAGGAGAAGGAAGGUCAGACGGAAAAGCUGAGGAGGGAGCAGGGCACUGCUGAGCGGCAGAUGCGUAAUGCUCUGGCCCGCAAGUCCCAAAAGGAGAAGGUUUUGAAGGAGAAGCAGACAGAGCUGGCCAAGAUGGUGGAUCGUACUACUGGCUACGAGAAAGGCAUUGAGGAGAUGUGCAGAGACCAGGAGGGUUUUGCGAAGGAAAAGAAGCAACUGGAGGAGCAGAAAAAGACCAACGAAGAGGGCUACAAGGCUGAGAUCAACACGCUAUCAACCGAGUGCGGCAACCUGGAAGCUGAGCUCAGAGAGAGGAGGACGCAAGUCAAGGAGCUAGAGGACGCUAGGAAGCGGUUCGUCGGUGGCGAGGACGACCUGGAAUGGCAGGAGAAGGAUGCAGAAGCACGCAGGGAAUGGCACCGCCGCGAAAGGGAAUUGCACAGUGUCCUGGAGCAUGAGAACAAGCAGAUGCGGGUCCUCGAUCAGCAGGUCGUUAUGCUGUCGGAGCAUCUCGUUGCUUAUCAGUCGCGCGAGCUGUACACCCAAGCCAACUCUUCGGCAGUUGAAUUUGCUGAUACGCUGCACAACUCUCUCAAGAGGCGCAGCAGGAAUGGAAACUCAAUGAACACUGGCAUGCCAUCUCCGAGCUUAGCCCCAGCCUACACAGUUUCCGACGCUGCUCAACAUCCGCCGCCUGGAUUUCAGUCAUCUCGGUUGCAGGGUCCGGCAGGGUUUGCUCCUGGUCCGUUCAUGGCCCUUCCAGCCGACGAUGCGCUGGACGCUUCUGAAUCACACGAGGAGGCCAUCAGGGCGCUUACGGGCGACGCGCCGCUAAGCCCCACGGCCAAGGCGCUGCUACCAUCUCACAUAUUUCUGGAUAUGGAUGAGGAAGACCAAGAAAGUCCUUUCAUCCCUCCGCCUCGGAUGGGUUCCCCUGCCAAUGACCCUCAAUCUCCACACUCCUCGAACCGAUCAAUGAGCAUCUUGUCUAGUCCGCACGGCUCGUCGAACAACCUUCCGUUCCCGGCUUUUGAUGCCGGAGAUCGAGGUUCCAUCAAUAGCCCAAGGGACAUGGCGCGUCCGAUGCCCUCUCCUCCCCAGCACCAGAGCCAAUCAGGAGGCAAGUCAUCCCUCGCUAAUCUCCUCAGGUUUCAGCGUUCUAGAGGCAACAAGGCUGGAGAUGAAGAAGGCCCGGCCCUCGGCAGUCUCAAGCUUGGUCAAAGUCAGUCUUUUCCCAGGCAGACAGACGAACCCGAAGGUUUGGCUGGCAGGAGGAAGCUGAGCCUUUCGUCGUGGAACGUGUUCCACCGUAACUCGGCAGGCCCCGAACUCCUAGAAGGGAUGGCGCCACAGACUUCAGAACACAAAUUCUCAGCCAGGAAUCUACUACCGUUCGGGGGACACCAGACGGCCAGUGGCGUAUUUGGUGAAGGGAGUGAAACCAGUCCAAGGCCGCUGUCGAUAGCAUCGACUGAGAUGCCACGGCCAUCCGCGGAUGGGAAUGCCAUAUGGGGCCCGCCUGGCGAGAGCAACACCGUCGGAAAGCCGUGGCAGCCGUGGACAUCACAUGACAACGCCUGGUCGCGCAACCCAUCCCGCCGCCCUUCGGUUCAUGGGUCUCCCUCAGCUCUCAAGACGACACUGGCCUCUGCUGAUGAUGAGAUCCUUGACGAUGAAGCUUUGAUGAAACAUUCAAUGAGUCAAGUCGGGGUGAUAGGCAGCAGGCCAGCCGCUAGCAAGAAAGCCAUGAUGGCACUCAAUCCUGCGGCGCCGACCUUUAUGACUGGUCUGUUCAAGUCGAGCAAGGAGAAGAAGGACAAAAGCAAGGGCAAGGAGGUUCAGUCCAGUGCUGAGACGCCUGUGGGCCUGGCGAGCGAUAUCUCCCCGUCUGAUUCUCGGGUCUCUCGGGAUGCACCAUCGAUUCGCACGCAGCCAUCCGUGACCGAGUCCCAUGAAUCGCUUGCCCUUGACAUUAGUACUUCCCACACGCUCUCAGAUGCGACCAGUCCCGUUCUUCUAUCAGCUAGCAGCGCCAAGGAUCCAUCUGGAGACAACGUGGUUAAGAAACUUUUCCGCAAGGGUAGCUCGAGCAAAUUCAGCUUCUCCUCGCGAUUGGGCAAGUCCAAAGGACCAGGAAGUACCACGGCGAGCUCGGACAAGAAUGGUCCUGUUUCUUCGGAUCAGCGCUCCAGCAUUGGCGACCUAGACGAUGCUGGCGAGGAGCUCAUCCUCGGUCGUAGCUACGACAGUGUCACCAGCAGCCCAUCCCUUGGCCCGUCCAAAAGGCCGGAGAGCAGGAUGAGCAGCACCCGGUGGUUCUCUUCAAUGAAGAAGAAGGGCAAGGAAAAGGAGAGUCUCGAGCUUGACAGAGGCCAUGAGAGCGUCGACGAGGCUGAAGAAAAAAAGGCCUCGACAGAUAUUUGA